CAAUGGAGAGCAGACGAGCAGCAACUAGAGGGAGUACUGUGCUCCAAUGAAGAUUUUUUUUUUUUUUUUUUUUUUUCAGUUACUUUUUUUUUUCGGCUUUCUGUAAUGUUCUUUGUUUAAAGGAGUAGCCCAUGUUUACAAUUCAUUUGGAGAUUAUGGGAUCUCUGAGGUGACAGUAGAAAUCCCUGUGUACAUCGGGGUGUAGCCAAAGGAAUCAAGACCGAUGGGAGGAGGGUCGGUUGGGAAAUUUCUGAAGCUGAGCCGACUUCCUAAAGUAAACUGAAAAGGACUGGAUCAUUUUGUCUCUCUGGCAUUAUGAUUCUGGCUACAGUGGAAUGCAAGUUGUGAGGUUGGUGUUGUGAAUCCAACAUGGAGGUGAAGAAGGAUGGAGGAGGGCCGUGGUCUUCUUCAGGAGCAUCUUCUGCUCCGUCCCACCAUGCCUGCUACAGAAGCACCCUCAUAGCUUUCUUUUUCUUCUUCCUCGUUAUCGGGGUCUUUGUAGGCCUGCUUCUUGCGUAUUUGGUGCAGGAGCAGCAUUAUUUUAUGGAGACAGUGGAGCUGAGAGGUCUGAAGUAUGAUCCUGUUCUGCAGGAUGAGAACUCUGGUUACUCCAUAGUACUAUCUUCAGUUUUAAAGUCCAAGAUUAAAAAUGCCCUAACUGCCUCAUCAAUAUCACAACACUACGUUGAUUGCAGUAUUGUUGCCUAUGGUAACAUUAAUGGUGAUGUGAUGGCAACAUUCAGACUGGUCUUCAGGGUGUCUAAGGUCCAGCAGUAUUCAGACAACUUUGUUCAGGACUUGCUGAGAACAGGGCUCAGCUCAGCAAUGCACGGGAAACCACUAGAGGUGCCAGAUUUUGGAGAGAUCAACACUAUCGUCUUACUGGGAGCCAGCGGGAAGUCAUUUUAUGCUAUUGGAGAUGAGAUGAUUGCCAAGUGUCCUGACAACACCUUCACAUGUGACAACGGAGAAUGUGUCACUAAACUGAAUCCAGAGUGCGACUUCAUCACCGACUGUGCAGACGGAUCUGAUGAAGCUCGUUGUGCCUGUGGUACACGUCCUGCUAUGGGGACCCGGGUGGUGGGUGGUCAGGAUGCUCGGAGAGGGGAGCUGCCAUGGCAGGUCAGUCUAAGGCUCCAUGGACGUCACACCUGUGGAGCCUCCAUCAUCAAUGAACGCUGGUUGGUCAGUGCGGCACACUGCUUUGAGAGGGACAAUAACCCCAGAGAGUGGACAGCCAUGGUAGGCGCCACACAGGUGAGCGGUGAGGAGUUCACGUCCAAAACCGUUAACAUCAAGUCGCUGACUGUGUCUCCACACUACAACCCCAUGACCACUGACAAUGAUGUCACUGUGCUGGAGCUGGAGACUCCUCUCACCUUCAACUCUUACAUCCAGCCUGUCUGCCUGCCCUCCCAAUCUCAUGUCUUUGCCCCUGGACACAGCUGUGUGGUGUCAGGAUGGGGAGCCCUGAACCAGUUUAAUGCUGAGGUGCCUCCAACACUGCAGAAGGCAGUGGUAAAAAUAAUCGACUCCAAGGUGUGCAAUAAAUCGUCUGUGUACAGAGGUACUGUUACUCACAACAUGAUGUGUGCUGGAUUCCUGCAGGGCAAGGUGGACUCGUGUCAGGGUGACUCUGGAGGGCCUCUGGUUUGUGAGGGGGCCCCAGGGAGAUUCUUUCUGGCUGGUGUGGUGAGUUGGGGUGUGGGCUGUGCCCAGAUCAACAGACCUGGGGUUUAUUCCCGCGUCACCAGGCUUCGCAACUGGAUUCUAAGCCACACAAAUCCCACCUUGGUCCAUGAUUACACCCAGUUUGUUCCCACUGUGCCAGUUAGCUUGACAGGAGGAAACUUAAAUCAUCCACCAGUACCCAAGACCACAGCUAUGCAUGUAAUAUCUGCACCAAUAAUACCUGUCUUAAAUUGCAGUGGAAACUUCCAGUGUAGCACCACCUCCUGCAUCACCAAGAUCAACCCAGAGUGUGAUGGAGUCCAAGACUGCCCCAACCGGGCAGACGAAGUAAACUGCGACUGUGGUGUACGUCCUGCGUUGGGGUCACAAAGGAUUGUGGGUGGAGUAACGGCUCGAAGGGGGGAGUGGCCUUGGAUUGGCAGUCUCCAGUACCAAAGACUUCACCGAUGUGGCGCCACGCUCAUUCAUAACAAAUGGUUAAUCACAGCGGCACACUGCUUCAAAAGUGAUCCGAGCCCCACUAACUGGGCCGUGAGUCUGGGAUCUGUGCUGCGUUCUGGUGUUGGAGCCCUGGUCAUCCCUAUCCAGAGGGUCAUCAUCCACCCAGCCUUUAAUGGCACUAGCAUGGAUCAUGACGUGGCUCUUUUGGAGAUGAUGGUCCCAGUUCCCAUGUCAUUCACGAUCCAGUCUGUCUGUCUCCCCUCGCCGGUACACCGCUUCCUAAAGACUGCAGAGUGCUACAUCACGGGCUGGGGAUCCAUGAGGGAAGGAGGUUCAUUGACCAACCUGCUGCAGAAAGCUGCAGUGAACAUUAUUGAUGAUGCCGACUGCCAGCAGUCGUAUGGAAACGUGUUGACCCCAAGCAUGAUGUGUGCUGGUUACAUGGAAGGAGGCAGAGACACCUGUUUGGGAGACUCUGGUGGGCCGCUGACCUGCCGUCAUCUCUCCGGCCAAUGGUUUAUUGCUGGAGUGACAAGCUGGGGACAUGGAUGUGGGCGAAUUGGUUAUCCAGGGGUUUACACUCGUGUGACGACCAUCAGAAAAUGGAUAUCUGCAUAUCUGCCUUUCUGAAGAAGCAAACAAUGAGAUAAACCUGCAAAAAGAUGACUACACGGACACAAUGGAUUUUUGCUGAUACAUCUUCUCCAUAAAAGUGUACUGUACAAGGACUAUAAAGUAAUGCUAAAAGCCAAAUACUCAUACUCACACACUGUUUCCACAGUAUUGACCUAAUGGUCAUGGGUGCUGUUUGUAAUAUUGUGCAAUCAUCUGAACUGGGACUAUCCCCUUUCAUAAUGUACUGGAGAAAUGAGAACACUGAACAGUGGCUUAUGGACAUUCUUCUAGUACACGCAUGAUUGAAAGUAUUUAUUUCAGUUAUUUAUUUUCUUGACCGGUAAACAUACUGUAUUACUGUACAUGGUGUUGUGUUUUUUGUUUGUUUUUUUGUUUUCAUUUUGUGUGGGGUUCAGAAUAUAUGUGGUUCAUUUAUGGGUACAUUUGCUUUUUGUGUAUCUAUUCUUAGAAAAUAAGGCAAAGAUGCAGUGUAAUAAUUGUUAAUGAAAGUUGGGUUUUCUGGGAAAAAAUAUACAAGCUCUGUAUGAAAAAGUGGUUUUUGAAUCAGCUUUAGAAAGAACUUGAGUUUGAUAAAGGCAACUCCUGGUGAUGAGAAACACGAAA